AAAAAAGACUACUCUGUCUGUAGAAGUUUCAAAGCUUUUUCAGUAGCACUAGACCAGUAGUUGGCUGUUCUUGGAUGUACUUGCUUGUCUGUUUUUGUUGGGAGCACUAUCAACUAUGACUCAUCUCCAUGACCCAUGUGAAACACUCCAACAACUCCAAGUUUUCUGUAACUUGGAAAAUGUAAUAAAUAACAUUUUUAAUUAGGUUGGGUUAGUUCUUAUGGGCGCUGGUAAGGGCAAUGUUGUAAUAUCACAGAUGACUGCCAUUGGGUGGUAAUUAGUAAAUCAACUUCUAUGAUCUAUCCUUAUUUGCAGGCUGCAAUCAUAGUCUCAAAGCCAGGUCUGGGGGCUUUCAAGUUUUGACACAGAUGGAAGUGCAAAAUCCUCAACAUGGGCAAUAUAUUGAAAUAAAUGUGGAUGUUGGUCAAGGCCAAAGGCGUAUAGGAGGGAGUAAGUUGUGUGGGGAAGCACCUUGUGGAUUUUCUGAUGCUGGUACUAGCUCUAAAGAUGCCGAAGAAAGAUCGGCUUCCAUGCGCAAGCUUUUAAUUGCCGUGGUGCUUUGCGUCAUCUUCAUGAGUGUAGAGGUAGUGGGAGGCAUCAAAGCCAAUAGUCUAGCAAUAUUAACUGAUGCAGCACAUUUGCUAUCUGAUGUUGCAGCUUUUGCCAUAUCCUUGUUUUCGUUAUGGGCCGCUGGAUGGGAAGCUAAUCCUCGUCAAUCAUACGGAUUUUUUAGGAUCGAGAUUCUCGGGGCCUUGGUUUCUAUCCAGUUGAUAUGGUUGCUUGCAGGAAUUUUAGUGUAUGAAGCCAUUGUUAGACUCAUUAAUAACACAGGUGAGGUGUAUGGAUUUCUAAUGUUUCUUGUUGCUGCUUUUGGAUUAGUGGUUAACAUUAUCAUGGCUCUAUUAUUGGGCCAUGAUCAUGGUCAUGGUCACGGUCAUGGCAAUGAUCACGGUCAUGCUCAUAGCCAUAGCCAUAGCCAUAGUGAUCAUAAUCAUGGUGUGAGUGUUACCACGCACCAUCACCAAGAGGGACACUCCACAGGAGAACACCACCAUCAUCAUCAUCAUCCCGAGGGGCACUCCAAGACUGAGCACCGCCAUCAUCACGAAGAAACUGAGCAUGUCAAAGACGAGGAUCACCACCACGACGUUUACAAAGAACAGUCAAAGCCACUGCUUGAUAAGCCAAAGAAACGAAGGAACAUAAAUGUCCAAGGAGCUUAUCUUCAUGUACUAGGGGAUUCCAUCCAAAGUAUUGGAGUAAUGAUCGGAGGGGCAAUCAUAUGGUACAAACCCGAAUGGAAAAUCGUCGACCUGAUCUGCACGCUGAUAUUUUCAGUAGUUGUUUUGGGGACUACCAUCAAAAUGUUGCGCAGCAUACUCGAAGUGCUGAUGGAGAGUACACCUCGAGAGAUCGAUGCAACAAAGCUGGAAACAGGGCUAUUGGAAAUGGGGGAUGUUGUUGCCAUUCAUGAGCUGCAUAUAUGGGCCAUUACAGUGGGGAAAGUCCUUUUGGCUUGCCAUGUCAAAAUCCGACCCGAAGCUGAUGCAGACAUCGUCUUAGACAAUGUAAUCGAAUAUAUCAGAAGGGAGUAUAAUAUCAGUCAUGUUACCAUUCAGAUUGAGCGUUAAAAUGGUAGACAAGAAUUUAGAGCAUGCAUGGACCUCGUUACUCUACAUAUAUUUAUAGUUGCCAUAAAUACUGGUCCAUAUCCAGUAUUUAAUCAGCAGAUGUUAUGUAAAUUUCCUUUGUUGAAUCAUUGUUUUCAGUCAAUCCAUGUUUGGUUGCUUGAGCUUGAAGCAAAAGACAGAUGUUCAAUUCAAUAACACAUAAUAAUGUAGUGAAUUUGAAGGCAAAAGCAAUUUAAUCAUUUUAAUCUUCCAUAACAGGAGGUAGCGAUGAACAUAAUGAUAAACACUCAAUGUGCACGAUGAACUUACAAUCUAAACAACCAUAGGCAAACCCGAUUUUUGGGAUUUGACGGCAUAUCAUUUGUGGAACUCCAUAACCCAACAGUCACAAACAAAGCCCUCGAACUUAACGCUGUUGAACCCGGCUUCGCUCGCCAACGCGACAAACUCUUCUUUCGUUCGUUCUUUUCCACCGGGGUUUUGAGUCAUCA